AUGUUAUUAUCAAAAUCAAGAAUUAUAUUUACCUUAGUAGUAUUGAUUUCAAUCAUUGAAAUUAUUGCCUGUAUCGAACAUGAAUCAAACAACGAUGACACGACAUCAUUUUCAAUAUUGGAUAUUUUAGCUGCUGUAACCUCACCAACAUCAUCGGCAAUGACGACGACGACGACAACGACAACGAUUAUGCCACCGACAACAAUAUCAAUAUCAAGAUUAUCAAUCAAUCAAUCAGCAUUAAUUGGCGAUUCGAAUAAAUCGAAUAACACAACAAUUUCAUCAUCGCCGCCACCAUCAAAGGCCAAAUCAUCGAAAACGGAAUUUGUUUCAAUAAUGGACGGUCUUUUGCUCGUAUUCAGUAAUCUAUCACUGUUACCGGCCAUUUAUAUUGCAAUCAAAGGACAAUUUUAUGCAGAAUCCAUAAUCUAUUGUUUGACAAUGAUAUUUUCAGCGUUAUAUCAUCUUUGUGAUUGCCAUGGUUUUCAUUAUUGUAUAUUUCCAUAUGAUAUGUUACAAUUUGGUGAUUUUUUCACUGCAACAUUAACACUUUGGUGUACGGCCAUCAUCAUAUCGAAUGUUCCAUAUCAAUGGAUUUCAUCAUUCCAUUUGGUUGGUGCAACAAUUUUCGGUACAUUAUUACAUUUUUGGAUGACCGGUACCUGGAGUUUUGUUGUGCCGGCCAUUUCAACACUAUUAUUAAUAGGCUCAUAUUGGGGAUAUCGUUAUUAUCGUGAACGUACAUUACCAGAAUUGAUUUAUUCAAAUAAUUUCUAUGUAGCCAUUGGUCUGAUGGUUUUAGGUUCAAUAUUGUUUGCAUCACAAACAAUAUUCUAUUUUCGUCGUCUUUAUGGUAUUUCACAUUCAUUAUGGCAUAUUUCAAUGUCAUUGGCAAUUGCAUUGUUAUUGCCUCGUUAUCAAAAUAUUGAUUCAUUUUGGACAGAAAAUCUAAAAAUUAAUUCAACAAAUGAAUCGAAUCAACCGAAACCACCAAUAAUAGCGAUUGGUAAAUCAAUCAAUGAAAUAAAUAAUCACAAUAAUCAUUCAAUGGUGAAUGCAAAAAAUUUAGCACCAGCACCACCGCCACCAACAACAGCAUCAUGUCAACAGCAUAAUAAUAAUGAUAUUAUGAAUUUUAAUUCACAAGUAAAUAAAGCAUUCGCACUAUAA